AUGCCAACUAGAUUACCAGAAAUUCGUGAUUUUGCACCAUCUCCUUAUCGAUCACCUGAGCUUAUAGGAAAAACUAAAGAUCCAGUAGAAAAUAGCAAAGUUAACCUAUAUGAAGAUAAUUCUGAAAGAGCCGAAUUAACCAAAGUUAUGAAUGAAAAGGCAAUAAAAACUAAUGUUGAACUUGAAAACUAG